AUGAUUAUUAUAGAAGUAAACUCGCAUGCUAGGCUCAAAUUCCCCGACAACCAAUACUGGCUGCCGAUUCAGCUACCUUUGAGGCUAGUUGAUGAGACUGCACUCAUUACCGACGACUAUCAUGUAGUCAUUGCCAACAUUCCUGAUCCUGAUCAUGACGACACAUUACAAGUUCACAACAGCUCAGCCGCUGCAAUAGCCGACCCAUUUACACGAUUGACGACCGCGGAACCAUACCCCCCAGGUGAUCGGGCUCAAGAGCACCAGACAUAUGUCGAAGAUGCCCGCUCCACUGAUAGAAGCUCAUACAUGUCACUUGAGACGAUUAUCGAGACAGACACAGGCACACGGGAACCAUUUAACAUCCCGAACGCCCUCAGAACUCAAGCUCUACAGACUGAAAGAGUCGACCCUGACAGUACUGCGACCAAAACCACGGUGUUGAAUGAGCAAGAGGUCUUCUACAUUGAGCAUUUCGUGAAACACGUGGCGCCCUGGAUUGAUAUCGACGAUGCCCUCUGCCUCUUUGCGUAUGAAGUACCACGUCGCGCCAUGAAUGACGCGGCCCUCUUGAUGGCAGUCCUCGCCGUAGCUUCAAAGCACCUGAGCGCGAUCGCCUCGUUGGAUGCCUCCAUUUCGGACUCUUACUACCAACGAAGCAUCGAGGCGCUGACACCGACUUUACGACUCCCUGGAAUCUCAAAUAAUGAUAACAUCAUGGCAACAACGGUUCUUCUUCGGUUUUGGGAAGAGUUUGGAGAACCACUUACCGGUCUCGAUAUCAGUUUUCACUUGUUUGGAGCCAAAGUGCUCAUUGAUGCUUCGGCUGAUCUGCAGCAAGUGUCACCCUUGCAAGUCGCGGCUCAGUGGUUGGGAUUGCGGCAAGAGGUUCGCAUCGCAUUUCUCACCAAUCGAGCCGUAUCCUUGGACCUGCACCGCUUCGACAAGUUCUUGGAUGAAUCUUCGCCCCUCAGUCCGGACAGGGACUGGUCGUACCGCAUGUUUCUGAUUCUGGCAAGGACUUUGAACUGGUGUUUUGCCGACCGCGAUCGCCAGAUUGCGGAAUACGAUGACCUUGUGCAACAGUGCUCAGCGUGGAUGCUCCAAAGCCCAGUGUCCUUUCAGCCCAUAUUCAAAUCCGACAACCCCGAAAGCCAUCCCUGGCCCAAAUUGAGGUUUCUGAAUGCCUCUGUCGUAUUUGGACUCCAGCAUUGGUAUCUAACCAGGAUUGUUUUGCUGUCGUACAAUCCGCGAGCUGUCCUCUUUGGCCCACAACGCCAACAGUACAUGUCCCAGGUCAACGCCGAGAUAGUCGAUGCAUUGCGCUACAUUUGCUCAAUAGGACACUCCAACCAGCAGUUCCACAACGCCACAGUCAUUGCUAGCCUGGCGCUCUCAAUGUGCGGGGAGCGCUUUGGGAAUGCACAGGAGCGAGAUGCAGCAGAAGGUAUAUUGGAUAUCGCCAGGGUAGUCUAUGGCGUCCCGACACUGGCGACUAUUGAACAACUUCGUAGACAGUGGUUGUGA